CUCUCCCGGUCCUGCUUGCCUUAACUGACAAGCCGCCCCCACCGCCCAAUGGAGUCCGAUAGUUCUCUCGAGAAGCGCGGCAGCGUAGGCGACCACGCCCCAGCCCACAACAAGCCCCAUCUCGCGACCCAGGACGUCGAUGUCGCAGCGGAACUCGCGGCAGGCAAUGACUUCGUCCUCGACCCAGCAGAGGCCGCGCGCGUCAGGCGAAAGAUUGACCUGCACCUCAUGCCGCUCAUGUGCAUCCUCUACAUGAUGCAGUUCGCGGACAAGACCACCCUCGGCCAGUCCGCUGUCCUGGGUUUGCUCACCGGGCCUGACGCCCGGCUGAACCAAGCCCAGUUCAACUGGCUCGGCACGGUCUUCUACCUCUUCUUCCUCGCGUUCGAGUGGCCACAAAACCUCGCGCUGCAGUACCUCCCGGUCGGCAAAUGGAUGAGUUUCAACAUCCUCGUUUGGGCGAUCGCCCUGCUCUGUCACGCCGCCGCGAAGACGUUUGGACAGUUCUUCGUGUGCCGCCUCUUCCUGGGGAUUUGCGAGGGCGCGAUCACGCCCGGGUUCAUGAUUAUCACGUCCAUGUUCUACACGCGUCAGGAGCAGACCCAGCGCGUCGGCUACUGGUUCCUGAUGAACGGCGCCGCGAUCAUCCUGCUCGGGCUCGUGGCGUACGGCACCCUGCACAUCCACUCGACGGUGCUUCAGGCGUGGCAGUGGCUCAUGAUCAUCACCGGGGUCAUCACGUUCGUCGUCGCCAUUCUCUUCUGGUUCUUCUUCCCCGACUCGCCCGCGACGGCGUGGUUCCUCACGCCCGAGGAGCGCGUCAUCGCGAUCGAGCGCAUCAAGGUGAACCAGGCCGGCGUCGAGAACAAGCACUUCAAGAAGGACCAAUUCAUCGAGUGCCUGAAAGAUCCGAAGACGUGGCUGUUCUUCUUCUUCGCUGCCAUCUCGAACGUCACGAACUCGCUCAGCAACCAGCGCCAGCUCAUCGUCGCCGGCUUCGGGUUCACCUCGCUCCAGACCACGCUCCUCGGCUGCGUCGACGGCGUCGUCGAGAUCAUCGUUAUCUUCUGCACCGUCACGUCCGCGACGUACUGGAAGAACGGGCGUGCGUAUUCGGGCGCGCUCGCGUACUGCGUCGCGAUCCUCGGCUCGAUCCUCGUCAACACGCUCCCGUCGAGCACGAGGGUUGGUCUGCUCUUCUCGUAUUGGAUUUCGAUCACGUCCAUAGCGCCCUUCGUGGUCAUGCUGGCCUGGGUCGGCUCGACCACUGCGGGGCACACAAAACGCCUAACCACAAACGCGAUCGUGAUGAUCGGGUACGCGGUGGGCAACGCCGCGGGCCCGCAGUACUGGGAGCAGAAGUAUAAGCCACGGAACCACGUCCCGUGGCUGAUCCUCUCGAUCUGCUGGGCGGUCUCCGCGCUGCUCCUGCUCGCGACGCGCGCGUACCUGGCGUGGGAGAACGCGCGCCGCGAGCGCGCGGGGCCGGACGAGCGCUACGACGACGUGUAUGUCACGGAGAAGCGCGCGGACGGGUCGGUCGUGGACAAGAAGGUCGACAAGGCAUUCUUGGAUCUCACGGACAUGCAAAACCGCGACUUCCGCUACGUCCUUUAAUGGGCACAGCGGUGUUACGCCCGCUUCUUGCCUCUUGCCUUCACGACGCCUCCUAGACGACACGCCGCGCCGCGCCCAAGACCUGCGCCCCCACCCCUCUCAAGAUUUACGCCUCACCACACUCACCACAACGCACGCGUCUCCACGAACGGACGGCUCUCAUCUUGGACCCGGCGCGCCCCGCGAUACCUGUGACCACGCCCACGCAUGUAGUUAACGUUAUUGAACGUGUAUCAUACCCACCCAGCCCGCUGCAUAAUAGGAAUUCGA